AUGAGGAUCAGGUUUCACCUAGGCUCAUACACUAUCCAGAAUAUCAUUAGCUCAUCAACUUCCCAGUUUGCAACAAAGGUGCAUCUACUUGAGGGGGCUUCACUUCUGAUGAUGCUGAAACAUUAUCUCACUAAAGAUGUUUUUCAAGCUGGUGUUGAGAUAUAUUUGCAUAAUCACAAGUAUGGAUCUGCCCAGAGUGAUGACUUGUGGGACAGCAUGAAUGAGAUCACCAAUGGAACACUAGAUGUAAAAAAGUUAAUGAAAACUUGGAUUCUGCAUAAAGGAUUUCCUUUAGUGACUGUUAACCGAAAAGGAAAGAUCAUCUCAUUACAUCAGGAAAAAUUUUCAUAUCGUGUGGAAUCAGACAAUUGGACAGCAGACACGAGUUAUCUCUGGGAUAUUCCUCUCACCUACAUGACUAACAGGUGCAACUUUACCUAUUGCAUUAAUGCAUAUUUACUGGACCAGAAAUCAGCUGCCAUUGAACUUCCAGAAGAGGUGGAAUGGAUAAAAUUCAAUGUCGACAUGAAUGGUUAUUACAUAGUAAAUUAUAAUGAAGACUGGGAAACACUGAUUGAUCUAUUGAAGAAAAACCACACUGCUUUAAGUGCUAAAGACAGAGCCAAUUUGAUCAACAAUAUUUUCAGCCUUGCAAGUCUAGGAAAAGAGUCCCUGAAAAAGGCCUUUGAGCUGAUCGAUUACCUUAAGGAGGAGAGCAGCACUGCACCUCUCACUCAAGCUCUGUUUCAGCUGGGUCUUAUUUUCAGCCUUCUAGAGAAAAGGGGUGAACAACAACUGGCAGCACGUGUCAUGUACAGAAUAGAACGCCUCCUUGGAAAUAAAAUUGAUCAACAGCACUGGACAGAUGAUGGGACAUCAUCUGAACGAGAACUCCGGUCAGUGCUGCUAACUUUUGCAUGCACCCAUGAUAUAAGAAAUUGUAGAACAACUGCGUCUGAGAUCUUUGAUAAGUGGAUGAAAUCUAAUGGAACAAUGAGUCUUCCUAGUGACCUUAUGAAAGCCAUAUUUAUAACUGGAGCCAAAACUAAUGAUGGCUGGGAAUUCCUCCUAAAGAUGUACUCCUCUUCAGUUCCUGAAGCAGAGAAAAGCAAAAUGAUUGAAGCUUUGGCCAGCACAGAAGAUGUCAGAAAGAUGAUGUGGUUAAUGCAGAACAGCCUUGAAGGAGAAAUCAUCAGGACACAGGAGCUUUCACAUAUCAUAGCAACUAUUAGCCACAGUUUGCCUGGACACUUGCUGGCCUGGGACUUUGUCAAAGAGAACUGGGAAAAACUUACACGGAAGUAAGGCUUUUGAUGCAGCUGAAAUGCACAGUCCCAAUGGCAAAAGGAUCACUCUUAUUAUGUCCCAGUGAAUAAAUAGU